GAACAUCUCAUCUCAAAAAGACAAAUCAAUAUAAAAUGCUUCCCAUGAAUGAAGCUCAGAUCAAAAUCGUCGCUCCCGCGGCGGGAAACUGAUUGUUCCCCCUAAUUCUCCCACCAAGAUCAAACCCCUAUCGCGUAUAAACCCUAGAAAUCUCCUCAUUUUUUCGAAAUCCCGAUUUUCACAGAGACAGUGGGAAGCACAUUCGAUUCUCUUGCCUUUCUUGAUUUAAUAUUAAUACUGGGUAUUUUCCCCUUUCCAAAUUCAGAUGGCAUGCCCGUCUCGCAGUAUACCCCUGACUGCGCACAGAGACGAAGAGGCGAACCCCGUAUCGCCUUCUCCCGGGCGGCAGCAGCUGGUGCGGGAGGCGGAGGAGGACUCGGUGGACGUGGAUUUAGGGACUCCUCUGAAGUACGUCUCACUGUGCGACGUCUAUUCCGCCACCUCCCCCUGCGUCAGGGCAAGCGGAUCCAAGAAAGUCAAGGCUUCACGCAAAAUCACCACUUUCGACAUCCCAGACUGUGCAGCUAAGCAACUCAUUACGCCUGCACCACCCAAGUGUCUUACAAUGUCGAAGCCUCCUGUCAUGCACGUCUACACGCGCCGCCGCCCCAAGAGGAAGCACCCGGAGCUCUCCUUUUUCAGUUCUCUUAGUUCGCACCAGCCUUCAAUUGAUUCGAAAUCUGACAAUGUGGAGGUAAAAACUGAAGCAGAAGAGAUAGGGGGUGAAAUUUUAGUGAAUGAAGAGAAGAGUGCCCCAAAGAGACGGAGGAAAUCGGGAAGCAGCUGGGAGCUUUUGAAUUUGGGGGUGGAUGUCAAUUUAAUUAGCAGUGACACGAAUGGGUUAAGGGAAACCAGGAGUAAAACAACCACCUUCAACAAUAGUGCUGUCUCUGGUGAUAACAGUAAGAUUAAGUGUAGAAGUAAUUCCAGUCAUAAGGCAAGUAUUGCUAGUAAACAAAAAAAGGAUGCCGGUUCAGGGAUCAACUGUCAAUCCGAAAUUCGUUCUAAAAGAUGGGUUUGGCUAAGACUUGAAGGAGUUGAUCCAAAGAAAUUUAUAGGACUACAAUGCAAGGUAUACUGGCCCUUGGAUGCUGAUUGGUACAAGGGUUGCGUUCAUGGAUACAAUUUUGAUACUGGGCGACAUCAUGUAAAGUAUUCAGAUGGCGAUGAAGAACAUUUGAUUUUGACAAAUGAAAGGGUCAAAUUUUUUGUUUCAGCAGAGGACAUUCAACAUUUAAAGUUGAGUUGUACUGAUGGAAGCACGGAAACAGAUGCAAUUGAUGUUAAUGAGAUGAUUGUAUUAGCUGCUAGUUUAGAUGCUUGUGAGCAGCUUGAACCUGGGGAUAUCAUAUGGGCUAAAAUUACUGGUCAUGCUAUGUGGCCAGCCAUUGUUUUGGAUGAAUCUCAAACUGGUGGCCGCAAAGGCCUGAAAAAAAUUUCUGGAGAAAACUCAGUUCUAGUUCAGUUUUUUGGCUCUCAUGACUUCUCAAGGAUCAAAGUGAAGCAAGUCAUCUCUUUUCUUAAAGGACUUCUUUCUUCCUUUCAUUUGAAAUGCAGAAAGCAAAGCUUUCUUCGAGGUUUGGAGGAAGCAAAAAUGUAUCUGAGUGAGCAGAAACUCCCCAAAAGAAUGUUGUGUUUGCAGAAUGGUGUUGAAGUUGAUGAUUAUGAUGGUGAAAAUGAAGCGGAUGACUGCCAUGCUAAUCCAGAUGGAGAUUGCAUGGAGAAUGGUCUUCCAAGGAUGCUUGAAGCCCAUAGAUGUUUACCGUUUCAAGUGGGGGAUUUGCUAAUAAUUAGCCUCGGAAAAAUUGUGAAUGACUCUGAGAAUUUUCAAGAUGGAAACUGCAUUUGGCCUGAAGGAUAUACUGUGGAGAGAAGAUCUCUAUCAAUAAUGGACCCUAAUAAAUGUGCUUCAUAUAAGAUGGAAGUCCUGAGAGAUCCUGACAUGAGAACACAGCCUCUGUUCCAAAUUACAUCAGACAAUGGAGAGCAGUUUAAGGGAUCCACACCAUCUGCCUGCUGGAAUAAAAUCACAAAAAGGAUAAGGAAGCUGCAGGUUGAUGUCCCUGAAAUUAUAUCUUGUGGUGGGAGCAAAGGACUUUUGAAUUCUGGUUCAGAUAUGUUUGGGUUUUCUCACCCUGAGGUUUUGAAACUUAUCAAGGAGCUAUCAAAUUCCAGAGCUGCCUCAAAAUAUUCAAAGUUGUCAUCAAAAUGCCAAGACUUGCCUGCAGGGUUUAGGCCUGUUCGUGUUAAGUGGAAAGACCUUGACAAGUGCAAUGUUUGUCAUAUGGACGAGGAGUAUGUGAACAAUCCUUUUCUGCAGUGUGAUAAAUGUAGAAUGAUGGUGCAUGCCAAGUGCUAUGGAGAGCUGGAACCUGUAGAUGGAGUCCUUUGGUUAUGCAAUUUGUGUCGUCCGGGGGCUCCAGAGUUCCCUCCUCUUUGUUGUUUAUGUCCUGUCAUUGGAGGUGCUAUGAAGCCUACCACAGAUGGCCGAUGGGCGCACCUUGCGUGUGCCAUUUGGAUACCAGAAACUUGCUUAUCUGAUAUUAAGAAAAUGGAGCCCAUUGAUGGAUUGAAUCGGAUCAACAAGGAUCGCUGGAAGCUUUUGUGUAGUAUUUGCGGUGUUACUUAUGGAGCUUGUAUACAGUGCUCAAAUAAUAACUGUCGUGUAGCAUAUCACCCCCUCUGCGCACGUGCUGCUGGAUUUUGUGUUGAGCUCGAGGAUGAGGAUAAGUUGCAUCUGAUUUCUUUUGAUGAGGAUGAUGAAGACCAGUGCAUACGCCUGAUUUCUUUCUGCAAGAAGCAUAGACCUCUUUCUAAUGAACGACCUGCUGUGGAUGAAUUGGUUGCUCAAAGAGCGUGUGACUAUUCAGCCUACAUUCCUCCACCAAAUCCUUCUGGAUGUGCUCGCAGUGAGCCCUACAAUUAUUUUGGAAGAAGAGGACGGAAAGAGCCGGAAGCCCUUGCUGCCGCAUCCCUGAAACGUUUAUAUGUACAAAACAGGCCAUACUUGGUUGGUGGCCAUAGCCAACAUGAUUCCUUAUGUAGCACAGCCUCUUCCAACACACCCGCCUCUUCCAAUUAUUCAGUCGACCUUCAAAAGUUAAAGAAUUCCCACCUUCAUGUAUCAAAAUGUAUCAUAUCAAUGACUGAGAAAUAUGAGCAUAUGAGGGCAACUGUUAGAAAAAGAUUGGCAUUUGGAAAAUCUGGUAUACAUGGAUUUGGCAUCUUCACAAAGUAUCCUCAUAAAGCGGGUGAUAUGAUCAUUGAAUAUACUGGAGAACUUGUUAGACCCCCCAUUGCUGACAGAAGGGAACAUUUGAUUUACAAUUCUCUAGUUGGUGCUGGGACCUACAUGUUUCGGAUUGACGAUGAGCGCGUCGUAGAUGCAACAAGGGCGGGUAGCAUUGCACAUUUGAUUAAUCACUCAUGUGAACCAAAUUGUUAUUCUAGGGUUAUAAGUGCCAAUGGUGAUGAGCGCAUAAUCAUAUUUGCCAAAAGAGACAUUAUGCAGUGGGAAGAGUUGACAUAUGAUUACAGAUUCAUCUCAAUUGAUGAACAACUUCCUUGUUAUUGUGGAUUCCCAAGAUGCCGAGGUGUAGUUAAUGAUACUGAAGCUGAAGAACGAAUGACAAAACUGCUUGUCCCAAAUCAUGAAUUGAUAGAUUGGACAGAAGAAUAAUAGAAGUCAGUCAAUUGAUUUUGUUUUUGCAUGCUUUCAUCUAAUGCAUCUAAAUUUAUUGUAACUCGUGUUCUACCAUGCAAAAAAAUUCCAUCUAUUGUAUAGAAUUAAAUUCCCAUUUUGGAAAUUGAUUCAUUUGAUUGUAAUCGUAAUAUAAUGUUCAGUUCUAA